AUGGUGCGUGACGGUGGUCAGCAAAACCAUUUCAAUCCUUUGGCGUCUAAGUUCGCAGCUCCACCUGAGACAGCUUAUGCUUCUACACAGAGAUCAGUCAGCACCUUGGAUGACACAAAUAGCCCGUUCUUCCUCCAUGGUGGAGAUAAUCCCGGUUUGGUUCUAGUUUCUCAUCCUUUGACUGAAUCCAAUUACAAUACUUGGAGGAGAUCAAUGCUCAUGGCUCUCAAUGCCAAGAACAAAGUUGGAUUUGUGGACGGUACUUUGCCGAGACCCCCUGCGGCUGAUUUAACCUUCAGUUUUUGGUCUAGAUGCAAUAGUAUGGUCACUUCUUUGCUGCUUAACUCAGUUACGAAAGAGAUAAGAGACAACCUUCUCUAUCUUGACAGUGCUAGGGAUGUAUGGAUCGAUUUGUACGAUCGUUUUCACCAGAGCAAUGCACCACGGAUUUUCCAGAUCAAGAAACUUUUGCUGGGUCUGUCUCAAGGAUCCCUUGAUGUUAACACCUAUUACACCCGUCUCAAGAUCCUUUGGACGAGCUCAAAGAUUUCCAGCCCAUACCGGCUUGCAGUUGUGGAGGAAUCAAGAGUUGGAUGGAGUACCAACAACAAGAAUAUGUGA